AUGGAGGCUAUUCCCUCAGCUUCUGGCGAUGUGGGAUUACAAAAUUCUGCCACAGUCAAGAAUCAAGAAUUGCGGCUGCAGCAAGAAGUCAAGAAUUGCUGCUGUGGCUUGACUUUAACAUCUUCUCUGGGAAAGCUUAAUCUGUCCUCCAACGGAUUAAAUGCCACCAUACCGGCCAGCCUCUGGUACCUAAAGGAUCUGAUGUCUUUAGAUGCCCACUCAAAUGCUUUCGGUGGUUUCAUACCGCAAGAAAUUGGAAAUUUGUUGGCCGCAACAGACAUAGACUUGUCAAGGAAUAAGUUUUCAGGAAAUAUUCCGGCAUUGGUUGGAAGUCUUAAGAACUUGAUUAGUUUCACAUUGGCAGACAAUGAACUGCAAGGAUCUAUUCCUGAGAUAGUAAGAAAGAUGGUGAACUUGGAAUCAUUGGAUCUAUCUCAAAAUAAUCUCACUGGAGAGAUUCCUGCAUCAUUGGCAUCACUCUUGCAGUUGAAGCAUUUUAAUGUGUCAUUCAACCACCUGCAUGGAAAAAUUCCAGCAAAUGGUUCUUUCCUCAAUUUCACGAUUGAAUCGUUCAUGUUCAAUGAAGCAUUAUGUGGUGGCCCUCCUCAACUGGGAUUCCCUCCUUGCCCAAACAAUUCUCCUCAAGCAUCCAGGACAAAAAAAUUCCCCAGAGUUGCAUACAUCCUGUUACCAAUUGCGUUCACAGUUUUUGCAGUUAUUAUCAUUGUGUUGGUGCUCACCAUGACAAGGCGUGGAAACAGAAAUCGUGCUCAAACAAAUCCACUCCCUCCAACCACACAUGAAAGGAUUUCGUACUAUGACCUUGUGCAUGCAACUAAUGAUUUUGGUGAAAGCAACUUAAUAGCAAGUGGGAGCUAUGGUUCGGUUUACAAGGGGGUGCUUAGGGAUGGGAGUAUUCUGGCAAUAAAAGUUUUCAAUUUGCAAGUUGAAGGAGCAUUCAAAAGCUUCGAUGCAGAAUGUGAAGUUCUGCGGAAUAUUCGCCAUCAAAAUCUGGUAAAAGUCAUCAGCAGUUGCUCUAACCAUGAUUUUAGAGCUUUAGUCUUGGAGUACAUGCCUAACGGAAGCCUUGAAAGGUGGUUAUAUUCUCACAACUAUUUCUUGAAUUUCCUGCAAAGGCUGAACAUAGUUAUAGAUGUAGCAACUGCACUGGAUUAUCUCCACCAUGGCUAUUCAUCACCUAUUGUCCACUGUGAUCUGAAGCCCAGCAAUGCUCUUCUGGAUCAAGACAUGACCGGUCACGUGGGUGACUUUGGCAUUGCAAAGUUACUUAGUGGAGGUGAAAGUAAAGCA